CCCGAGCCUACCUGGCUAUUCCUCCCGACAGCGACACCAACAUCCUAAAGACGAAUAAAUCCUACUAUCCCGUUGAGUUAACUUGGCUUGACUCAAAACGACAAACCUAUACCCGCCGAAUUCCUCAUUAGUCCAAUAUCCAAUAUCUUACAUGCAUAAAACCAACGCUCUCGCCGAUCGAUUUUCGCGGCACAGUUUCUAAAUCCGUCUGACGACCUUCCAUCACCCACAGACCCAUAGAUUACCAGGAUUCUCAGCCUCAAUCGGAUUGGUACCCUAUCCAUCGAGACUCCAAAUCCUUACCGAAACCUCCCAAAAUGGGCAAUACACAUACCAAAGACGCGAGAGGUGGCUCUCGUAUGGGAGCUCCUGGUUCCCAUGUUGAUCCCGGUGGAAGUUCAACCGGUGCCGGUUAUCAUGGAGAACUACCAGAUCGAUCGAGACGGGCUAGUAGACCUGAGAUUAGUGGUUUAGUUCUACCAUUUGGUAGCUCAUCAAACUCCCGCAAUCAAGAUGCACCAUUCGAACAUCGAGAAACGAAACAAGAAAAGGAAGCACGAAGACUCGAGAAAGAACGCGUAGCACGGGUUAAGGAACGAGAACGCAGUAUGAAAGAAGAACAUGUGGAUGGUGGAUAUCUCGUAACGAUGGGCAUAUAUACUGCGUCUGAAGAUUUUAAUAAAGCAGUGGUCCGCCAAUUACAGAUCGAAAGGAAAAUAGCACCCUUUUGGCGUGGGCUGGACGACUUCAAAGAUAAUUGGGCCGAACAUCAAAUCAUUGCUGCAGCGCGUGGUAUCGAAAUUCCUGCUGCCGAUGAAGUUCCCGAACAUCUAAUACCACAACCCAAACCAACUGAAUCUUCGGGCACUUCGACACCUAACCUCACCGUCCCAAUCGGUCCUCGAACUCUUUCGGCUUCGUCAAACCUUCCUGAAUCCAACCCAGGCUCGACAUUACCUUCUCCCACCUCACCCUCCGGCCCGAGAACCACAUCACCUUUCAAGCCCCAGAAGAAGUCUUUAGUUGCUGCUCUGAACUUAUCUCGAAAUGGUUCGCAUACGGAAAUAAUUACUCCACGCGAGAUUAAUCUUCCCAAUGAUCCAUUCGUCAACGGCCAGCCUCUAGAGGUGUUUUUAUAUAAGGAGGGGCUCGAAUGUCCACUUUGCCUUAUGUAUUAUCCGCCGUAUUUAAACCGCACACGAUGCUGCUGCCAAAUCAUUUGCAGCGAAUGCUUUGUACAGAUAAAGCGACCCGACCCACAUCUUCCCGAGCAUCACGUAGACGAAGAAGGUGGAGCACAAUCAUCGGCACCGGUUAAUCCAGAGGAACGUGAGGGCGAACUCAUCAUGGAACCAGCUAAAUGUCCUUACUGUACUCAGACCGAAUUCGGCGUAACGUAUGAGCCACCUCCUUUCCGCCGUGGUUUGACGUACGCGUUUAGUCCUUCUGCGUUGGGUGCUAUGAACACAGCUAUGUCCUCUUCAAGUUCUCUCAACUCAGCUCUCUCUCCAACGUUAGCCACGCCGUCUGCUAAUGCUAACCGCCAACGGACGCAAAGCGUAUCUGCUAACGCACCCGGAGUUAUUACCACCGAUCGCAUUCGUCCCGACUGGUCUACUAAACUAGCCGCGGCUCGCGCACAACAACGUCGCAGAGCAGCAGCUGCUGACGCUUUACACCAUGCCGCUUUUGUUAUGGGCAAUCAGGAAUCCCGCACAAUAUUCGGUCGACCAUCUCGGUUUGGUCGUAGAAACCAGGGGAAUAACCGAGGCAAUGAGAGCCCUGGCAGUACUUCUAAUCUUCAACCAAAUGAGGGAACAGGUGAUGGUUCUUCCGUUCCUGAACCUGGUCCUCGUUCUGCCUCAAGUCGAACCGGUCCUGGUCGAGAGCGGAUAGAUGCCGCACACCUCGAGAACCUUAUGAUGGCAGAAGCAAUACGAUUGAGUCUAGCAGACGAGGAAGAACGACGAAAGAAAGCAGAGAAAGAAGCCCGUAAAGAGGCCAAGAAGAAGGAAAAGGAAGAACGAAAGGCUGCGAAAAAGAAGGGAGACGUAUACGGAGCAAGCGGAAGUAGUGCAAGCGCGAGUUCUCUUAGUUUGGGGUUCGGGCGAAGGAGAGGUAAUAGUGCUGCCAGCAACCUACGCAUGGAAUCUAGCGCUGCCACAACGAGCGUUAACCCGACUGGUUCAGCUGGUCCUUCUGGUCCUUCUAGUAGCGGAUCUGCAGACCCUCAUACUGGUUUGGGUUCUGGGCCAGCGCCGACAUCAGCAUCAAACGACAAGGGAAAGGCAAUCGAUCGUAGUGAGACCGAGGAAAGUCAAGAGGCUAGUACCGGUACUUCAUCCCUACCAAUUCCUAUGCCGACACAACAAUCGCGAGGAUCUUCACAUCUCCGACAAAUGAGCAAUGCCAGCUCUGUCAGUUCUAGUGGGAUUGACAGUAUGCCGGCAAGCUAUACUGGGAAACACUCCGGUGCCGAAGCAGAGGAUCCACGAUCUAGUGGAUUGAGCUUAGCUGGACGUAGUGAGGACGGCGAAAAUGCGAAUUCAGAACCCAUGUUCAAUUUUCGGAGUUUGGCGGAGAUGGUAGGAGUCCCUAUUGAUGGAGAAGCCCAAUCGCCUGAUGGUGACAUAAGUCCCGGAAGUAAACCUGCGGAAGCCGAGGAAGCUCAAGGCGAACAUAUAGAAAAUGUUGCGGAGCCAAUCGCCGAAAAGGAGGAUAAGAAGGAUAACCUACCAAAGUUGGACACGCAAGGAACUAGCCAAAGUGCCGAAGAAAAGAAAGAAGAAAAUACAUCACCGCCACAACUCAUGAUUACCCCCGAAACUCCGGCACCAGCUGACAAUGACAACGAAGAGUCUAAGCAACUAGGUCACGUCGACACGGCCGAACGACCACACGAGAUUACCCAAUAAAUUCAUACGGUUUCUUAUUUCCUCGCCAUGGAUGUUUGUCUGGUGGAUAGGCGAUAACAGGUUCUAGGGAUCAUGGAUAUUUGCAUUAAAGGGGGGGGGAGGGAGGCAGGCACAGUUGUCUUUCUUUAGUUCGGAGUUAAGGAUUGUAUACAUAGAUGCUUGGCAUUCAACGGCGAUAUAAGAAUUAAUCCCUGUGAGCGAAAGAGAGGUUAGUGAGCGAUGAAGUUGUAUUGCGAAAUAGAGGGGAUUAAAAAGUCC